CCACCCUAUAUAUGCGGCGUGUGUUGCCGUUGCCGACAGACGGCUCACUUCAAACACCUUGAGCUCCUCACAAGUCAUUUCUAGGAGCCUCACCAACAUGUGCAGCUCUGCAUCCUGGAACUCCUCACCUCCUGCUGUGCUGUUCAUCAGGCAGCAGGGGAAGAAGAAGCCACAUGUCUCAGUGACUCUCAGGAGGAAGAGGUUAAGGCUGAUCAGGAGGAGGAGGAGGGAGCUGAGGAGGGCGGCUGCUGGAGGGGCGGAGAUGGCGAUGCUGAACCUGAGGCUCCACCUGGAGAACCGGCGCAUCCUUGCGGAGAACGAGAGGCUCCGGGAGAGGGCUGGCGCGCUCCGCCGCGAGAACCUCGCGCUGCAUGCCAACCUGUGCAAGGUGGUGCUACCGCCGGCAGAGGCUGCCCCCGGCUGCUGAGCUUCCCGCCGUUCUCCUUGGUCUUGGUGGCUCCUUGUUGUGCUUGUGCUACUUUGUCUAGGUGUUGAUGAUGGCUGGCUGUCUGAUGAUCUGUGCUUAUCGAUCAACCACAGGGUUUUUCUUGGACCUACUUUGUGUGAUUUGUGGCAAGAUCAAUAGAUCAUGGUUGCACAUUAUAUGUUUAAUUUCAAGUGCAGAGAUUAGUUAGCAAGUUUUUGUCUGGCUGGCUCUUUUUGAAAAGAAAAGGGUGGGAGGAAAAUGGAAGGCAGCUUUGAUCAAAAGGGCAAACAUGUCAACUCUACUUUCUCUUGUUAAAACCAGAAAAUUUGUGUGAUUUGUGGCUUGAUCAUGGUUGCACAUUAUAUAUGUUUAA